CUCCUCCUCCUCCUCCUCCUCCCCUGCAGAGCAUGCACAGCCCGGGACUCGCAUCGCCGCCUCCUCCGGCUGCGCGGCGGGCGGAGCAGCCCCCUCCUCCCCGCGCGGCCCCGCGGGACCCCCCCGGCCGCCCCCGCCGCCCCGGCCGGGCUUUUCGCACCCCCGAGGAUGAGGCGGCCGCCGCGGCGGCUGGCGCUGUCGCUGCUGGGGGUGCUCUGGGUCGCCGCCCUGCUGCUGCUCUUGGCGGCGCGGCGGCAGCCGGGGGCGCCCGGCGCCGAGGGGCCCCCGGCGCAGGGCUCAGACGUGGACUGGGACGACCUUUGGGAUCAGUUUGAAGAGCGAAGAUACCUGAGUGCCCGGAAGUGGAAGGGCGGCGAGGACCCGUACCGGCUCCAUGCCUUUAACCAGCGGGAGAGCGAGAGGAUCCCCAGUGACCGUGCCGUCCGCGACACGAGACAUUACAGGUGUAUGACUUUGCACUAUCGUCCAGAUCUCCCGCCAACCAGUGUCAUCAUUACCUUCCACAAUGAGGCCAGGUCUACCUUGCUAAGAACGAUUCGAAGUGUGCUGAACCGCACCCCAGUGCAUCUCAUCCAUGAAAUCAUACUAGUGGAUGACUUCAGCGAUGAUCCUGAUGACUGCCGCUUAUUGGGAAAGCUGCCUAAGGUGAAAUGCUUACGUAAUGGACAGCGAGAAGGUCUGAUCCGGUCCCGGAUCCGAGGGGCAGAUGUGGCACAAGCAGGAGUCCUGACCUUCCUGGACAGUCACUGUGAGGUGAAUAAGGACUGGUUGCUCCCUCUGCUGCAGAGGAUCAAAGAGGAUCCCACCCGGGUGGUUAGUCCCGUUAUUGACAUCAUCAACUUGGACACUUUUGCCUAUGUGGCGGCUUCCUCGGAUCUCAGAGGAGGUUUUGACUGGAGUCUGCAUUUCAGAUGGGAGCAGCUUUCCCCAGAGCAGAAAGCCAAACGACUUGAUCCCACCGAACCCAUUAAGACUCCCAUCAUUGCUGGGGGGCUGUUUGUGAUUGACAAAGCCUGGUUCAACCGCCUGGGGAAGUAUGACAGUGCCAUGGACAUCUGGGGCGGGGAGAACUUUGAAAUCUCUUUCCGUGUGUGGAUGUGUGGAGGGAGCCUUGAAAUUAUCCCCUGCAGCCGCGUUGGACAUGUCUUCCGGAAGAAACAUCCGUACGUCUUUCCGGAGGGAAAUGCCAACACGUACAUUAAAAACACCAAGCGCACAGCGGAGGUGUGGAUGGACGAAUUCAAACAGUACUACUACGCAGCUCGUCCUGCAGCGCAAGGAAGGCCUUAUGGAAAUGUCCAGAGCAGAGUGGAGCUGCGGAAGAAGCUGAAAUGCCACAGCUUCAAGUGGUACCUGGAAAACGUUUAUCCUGAACUUAGGAUCCCCGAGGAAUCACUCUACCAGUCCGGGAUGAUCAGGCAAAGGCAGAACUGCCUGGAAUCGCACAAGUCCGAAGGCCAAGAGUUCCCAGUCUUGAGCUUAAAUCCUUGCGACAGCAGCAAAGGCACGGCAGCAACGGCACAGGAAUGGACAUACACAUACAACCAUCAAGUCCGCCAGCAGCAGCUGUGCUUGUCCGUGUAUACCCUCUUCCCAGGUUCCCAGGUGCUGCUGUCACCUUGCAAAGAAGGUGACAACAAGCAGCGAUGGGGUAAAGUCGGGUCGCACAUUGAGCACAUAGCUUCGCGUUUCUGUUUGGACACUGAGGCGAUUGGGGACACGAAUGAGAGUACCAAAGAGCUUGUAAUCAACCCUUGUGAGAGCACAGCCAUGAGUCAGCGCUGGGACAUGGUGAUGUCUUGACCUGCUUCAGGACCUACCUAGCUGGGCCAGGCACUGAGACUCUGCUACGUGCAACCAAGAUACACCAAAUGGAGCUCGAAUGCAAAACCAUUGGGGGUCCUUGUGUAUUAUGGGGCAGGAGAAGAAUCAUUUAAAUAAAAAUAAGGACAUGGCACUCUAGGUUGAACAACAAAUGUUGAGUGCAGAAUAUGUAGCCAUUAUUGGCUUAUUGGCAGUCAUACAUUCAAAGGGAAGGGACGGCAAGAAACCAAUCUUGAAAUGUCUUAAAGUGACACUGAGGGUCCUGGGAUGGGCCCUGCUGAAGUUCAGUGUGUACAGUAUUUAUUAAUCUCGCUGGAAACACAGUUUGAAGAGCCUUGGAGACCAAGAGGAGACUUGGACUCAGCAAAACAACCAUCUCAGUAGCUUUGUAAGAGGUGAGGCAGGUGCACAAGGAGAGGACUUGGCAAGGGAUGCUUAAAAGCAUAACCUGGGGGCAAGUGGAAAACACUGAGUAAUCUUUGCACUUUUCAUUGCGGUGGUUGAGUUUGUCUUCUGAAGACAGUGUGGGCGGAGCUGUGUUGCACCUUUUAGUUUGUGUGUGAUCCAUGUAUGUGAUGUGUAUACAGAGAGGCAGUGCUGUCAUUUAGGAGUGCAGCCAGGAUCAAACCAGCAGGUACCGGAGGAGUCCUGCUCUGUGCAAACUGCCCAUGGGUGUUGAAUCUCCAAAGUCCAAGCAAACAGAGGAUUCAUUGUGUGAGACUAAAGGAUACAAACCACUGUGAUGCUGGAAGGAGAAGCAGUAGCAUGAUUAUUUCACCUCUCUGAAGGCCAUGGGUGAGCAUCAGCCGCUAAAAACUCCCUUAUAAUCUCAAUAUAUGUCUCUCACUACUUCAGAUCUGGAAUAAGUCAUUUUUUCACUCUAUUCCAUAAAAAUAAUAUUUUUGGUAAUUGAAGGUAAUUGUGUCAUAUUUGUGUUUUCCAAUUUCCUGACUACAAAAGGAAUAAAGGAGGUAGUUACAACUAGAGACUGUGGGAAAGAAAAAGGGAUAGGUAAAGGAAUUACCUGGUUUUGCUUCCCAAGUAUCUUGUAGCCCAAGAUGUGAAGUGAUGAAGAAAUGGUUUGGGACUCCCUUAGUUAUACCUCUGAGCCUUGAACCCUGGGUCACAAAGAACCUCUCUCCUGAAAUCUUUUAGUGUAGGCAGAUUUCCUGAGGUUUUGGAGAUAUGGGAUUAACCAGAGGUCAUGUCAAGGUGCUAAAGCUACAUGGGAGUUAUACCUCUCCUGCCAAAGGAGAAAAAGAUAGAAGACCUCAGAAGAGGGAGUUACAGAGAAAAAUGAAGGGCCCUUUCCAAUCUACCCUUCAGAGCAGAUCCCACUAUGGCAACAGAUAACAGGCAGUGAAUCACCAAGAGCUGCAUGUACAGCUCUUGUGAAAUAACUCUUGAGGAGAGUUUUCAUAAGACUCCAAAUGUGACUUGAAAGCAAAUACAGUUUGUGCCUCUGAAAGCCCUGGGCUCUAAUGGAAAUCCCAUCCUUUUGUCCCUGUGCUGCAAACUGCAGAUAGAAUACCAUAAGCCUUGGCCCUUCAAGCUCUCUCAGCAUCCCUUCUUGAAUAAUAUGCCAGCUUUCAGGAUUUUACUGCCUCAGUUUCUCCUCCCUCAGUGCUGGGAGAAAGCCAUAUGUGUAAAUCUCCUUGGCUUUAGAGGCAAACCAGUAUAACUCUCUUUAUCUAUAAAAGGUCAGAGGAUAUAAAUGCUUUUCUGUGUGCUGUAGUGAUUGCUAAGCUAACGAAGCUCCCCUGGUGCAAACCUGAAGGACUUCUAUUAUGGAAGGGCUCAUUUCAUGGUGGUGGAGUGCAUUGUUUUCAUGUCACCACCUUCCAAAGAAACAAAGGGAAAUAUUCAAAAUGUAAAGGACCAUUUCACAAAGAAGGUUAGGGACCUUGUGGUCCUUCUAUUUAACUGAAGCAGGAAAUAUCUCACCUGCUUUUCUCACUGCAGAUGACAGGCAAGUUGUAAUAAUUUCCUGUUCAGUGCUCACAAAGGAAAGCAGCUUCGAAGAGCUUGCAACUUGACAUGUUCACACCUGUGCCGUGCUUGCAGCCUGGGACAGCGGAGUUGCUCUGAUUCUUAGAACUUAAAGAGAGAAAAUGCUGCUGCCUUGCACACAUUAGCUGAACAACUUGGCUUCAGUUUGAAAUCCAGCAUCUGCCGGCUACACUCUGACCUAGAACUCAGACACAUACAGCUUACUAUUUUCCACCUGAGCCUGAAACAUCUUUUUUGCUGACAGCCAAAGCUUUCUAAACAGGUAACACUCUCCUUUGCCUUAGUAGAAACUGCUACCUCACUGCACAUAUGUGGGCUGGAGCACAUGUAUAGAUGGGACCUGCGUAGAGGUAUUCUAGGAAUAAGUUGUUUGAACAGCUCUUCAGCUUUCUUGCCUUUUGUGAAGGACUGAAUCUGAGUACUAUAUACAACCCUUCCACUUCCACGAUGUACAUGAGAGUGAUCACUGUGAACCUGUGUGGGGGUCGUUGGAGACAGGAGGUGGGGAACAUGACAUCAGGCAUGGCAUCCCCUACAAGGGAGCUACAUCACUCAGCUAAAUCUCUUGCAAGCCCAAAAGCUGCCAACUACCUAAAAGACCUGGGAAGCAGCAGAUGCUCAGCAAACUGACGAUUGUGCCUCAUGCAUCCAUCAGCAUAACGCUUAGACUACAGCAUGCUUCAUGGUCCAGGAAAGGAGAUUAGCCCUAUGGAUUAGCAAGGUUUUCAGAGAAGCCUGAGGGUGUGAGCAUGACUCCUGGGAAGCUUAACAUAAGCAGGCAUGCAACAAUAUGGCACCUAUUGAAUCUUCUCUCAAUGUCCCUGCAAAAAGACCUUGUGUUGUGUCACAGUGGAAAGGUGACUGCUUCUGACAUCCAAGUCACCCCUUUGGAUUUAUUUCACUUAUUAAAAUACACUGGAUACAGAUGAACUUUUUUUUGCUUUAUAUUUGUUACUUCUCUAGAUAUUAUAAUCAUGCCGUGAACUGAUCCAUGCCCUUUGAUAGGCAUAUCUAGAUUGGCUCCUAUGUUUAUACAUCUGAUGCCCUAAUGCCAUUUGGUACUUAUGCCUUUGGUAACAUUUUGCAUUGACUUGGAGGAACAGAAGAUAAAGUAGCAACUAUGGUUCUAAUCCUGGCUAUUGGGCUUUUUGAUGGGCUUUAUGACCUUCAGAUAAGUUAUUUAUUGUGCUUUGCUGAAAACCCAUGGGAAAAUUAGAUCUGGAGCAGGAAACUCUGGGCUGGAGCCUGUACUGCCUUUGAAAGGAUUCAAUCUAGCCUAUGCGAAAACAACAAAAAAUCCCUCAUCCCAAGAAGAAAAACCCGAAGGAGAUCCAUGUUCUAAUGAGAACAAAUAUAGAAGGUUUUAGUUGGGCCAGGGGCAGUCUUACGGUCCCUAUCUUGUUGCUUAUCCAAUUUCCAGAUAUUUUGUGUUCAUCUUCUGUCUGUACCAGCUCAGUACCAUAAGAUAACAGCACAAAGCAUUAAUGCUUGGAACGUCAGCUUAUAAUACACUGUUGCAGUAAUUUAGUAGUAAAGAGAAGGAAAGUGAAUUCAAAGAUCUUUGAUCAUCCAGUGAAGCAACAGGAAAAAGGAGGCUGAUAGAUGAGGACUGGGAGACUGGUUCAAGAAAAGCACCAGCGUGCUGAGUGCUGAUCCCUACUACUGCUUGUAGAAGUGAUCUAGGAUAGCUUAGUUCAUUUCCCAGUCUCAGUUUCACAAACUUUUAGUGAAGACUGAGGAUGACAAUAGUAAGACUUUUCUCACAGAGGUGCCAUGAGGCUGAAUUAACAAUAACUCAAUGUUUUGAACAGGGAGAAACCUAAGCAUUAGUUUUUGUUAUAUGCAGUACCAGCAGUCCACACACCAAAAGAUGGACAGGCAGCCUCCAGAGUUAAGUGACAUAGAUCUUUAUUACCUGCCCUAAACAAACCAGUGGCUGUAGCGUAGCAGGCUUGUAUUUUUCAUGACUCAGACACUGAUCAGACAGUGAUCAGUGCAAUAGGGCCUGCUCAAAUUUCAGAUCUUAAAUGUUUUAGUGAAAACCAAUGGGAUAGAAUUAUUUGUGGAAGUGGUAAAGGAAGCAAAAUCAAGCAGAUCAUAAGCUGCUAAUGAUCAGUGCACAAACUGCAGAAGAAACUGUAGCUCAUUAAUUUUCUGGCUAAAUUAGUUCUUUUUUAAUGAUCAGUCCAGCCCUAGUUUUAAUAUUACUUGGUUGCUUUACAUGGCUGAAGAGGUUAAGGAAGCCCUGUAUGCGUGUCUAGCUUACACAGAGAUUCAAGGGAUGAAAUCUGGCAGAAUUAUUCUAGAUUUAAGGAUGUCUUCCGUAUGUCCACUGUUCUGUUACUCACUGGAAGUGCCUAAGAACCCUGUAAGAAUAAAAAAGUGUUACAAACA